GCCCGCUGUUCGUACAUAAUGUCGUUGACAUUUUCCCGCUAUCCGGUGACAGAGUAGCCGCCCGAGUAUUAUUGCUCUUAGUAUUAUUAUUAAAGCCACAAUCAUUUGAUCAAGUAUUUAUUAACCUCUGACCUUACUAUGACCACUGUUCCAUCUGCAAGUCAGUGGGGAUCCCCUACUGCAAACAAAAGAGCACUCCUUAUACAUGGUUUAAACUCGUCCUCGCACACUUUCCACCGUGUUGCAUCGGCGCUUGCAGCCAAAGAAUACUUGGUAGUUGCUCCAAAUCUUCUUGGACAUGCUCUCAGGAACACUGGAGUUGACUUCAAAGUCCAGACACUGGCAGAUGACCUCUUACCGUACCUUCAAGCUGCCGAGUAUGAUAUCGUCAUCGGCCACUCAGUGGGUGCACUCGUGGUACUAUCGCUUCUCAAGUACCUGCCAAAAAUUAAACCUACUUCGGUGGUUCUUAUCGACCCAUCUCUGGAAAUAACUGCAGAGCAGAUGGUGAAUGGGAGAGUCAGGUUCUCCACCGAUGUCAGAACCAACCCCACUGUAGAAGAUUAUAUAGCAUUGAAUCCUCUAUGGACGAGAGAAGAUGCUAUCUGGAGAGUGUUAGGGACCCAGAUUGGAAGAUCGACCAACUCCGAUGAUCACAUCGAUGGUAACGUGCCGUGGUCAUUUUCGCAUCUGAUCGCCGACAAGCCCGCUGCUACUGCAUUGACGAUUCUGGUUGGCGAACCUUCCAAGCUUGAGUCCAUCGCAAAAUUCAAAGAGGUUAGAACGGUGCUCUUUUCAAAUGCCUCGCACUGGCUUCAGCAUGAAUUCCCGGAAGUGAUUGUCGAAGAGGCGCUGAGGAAUAUCCAAGAGUAGAACAAUUGGGCUUGCAUGGUUCCAGUAAUCAAUCAUUGCCACAAAUUACCUUGAUGUUACGAAAAAGAAAGGGGCGACGAAAUCGCAAAAUCUACU